UCUGUAGGAGCUGCAGAAGCAUCAGUCACAGCAAGCAGUAAAUGAGGCAACAGCUGCAGUAGCACCCGAAAAGACUCCUGCUCCAUCUGCAUCUUCUCCAUCUCCAUCUUCAGCUCCAGCUCCAGCUCCAGCUCCAGGCGCCCCCCCCCCCCCCCGCCCCGGCCAAAACCCGGUUCCGACACCACGGACAGCACCCGGGCUUCAGUACCGCGGACAGCGCAACCCCCCCCCCCCCCGCAUUCCCCUGCGGGUUGCGGAGCGGUGAGCUAGCCUAGGGGGAGCAAGGUAAGCUAUGCGGGCGGGAUGCCCCGGCUCCCGCUCCCCAUGGCGCUGCUCCUCAGCCUUGGCCUCUUCGGGCUGUUUCCAGGGGUCCUGGCUACAGACACAGAGGAACGGUUGGUGGAACAUCUCCUGGACCCUGCCCGCUACAACAAGCUCAUUCGACCAGCCACCAAUGGCUCUGAGCUGGUGACUGUGCAGCUUACAGUAUCGCUAGCCCAGCUCAUUAGUGUGCAUGAGCGGGAGCAGAUUAUGACUACCAAUGUCUGGCUGACUCAGGAGUGGGAGGAUUACCGGCUCACCUGGAAACCAGAAGAAUUCGACAAUAUGAAGAAAGUGCGGCUCCCUUCUAAGCACAUCUGGCUUCCAGAUGUUGUCCUCUAUAACAAUGCUGAUGGGGUAUAUGAGGUCUCCUUCUACUCCAAUGCUGUGGUUUCCUAUGAUGGUAGCAUCUUCUGGCUCCCACCUGCCAUCUACAAGAGUGCCUGCAAGAUUGAGGUCAAGCAUUUCCCCUUUGACCAGCAGAAUUGCACCAUGAAGUUCCGUUCCUGGACCUACGAUCGCACAGAAAUUGACUUGGUACUGAAGAGUGAAGUUGCCAACUUGGAUGAUUUUACACCCAGUGGUGAAUGGGACAUCGUGGCCUUGCCUGGCCGGCGGAAUGAAAAUCCAGAUGACUCCACUUAUGUGGACAUCACAUAUGACUUCAUCAUCCGCCGCAAACCUCUCUUCUACACUAUUAACCUCAUCAUUCCUUGCAUCCUCAUCACCUCCCUUGCCAUCCUGGUCUUCUACUUGCCUUCUGACUGUGGUGAGAAGAUGACCCUCUGCAUCUCUGUCCUAUUGGCUCUUACUGUCUUCCUCCUGCUUAUCUCCAAGAUUGUCCCACCCACCUCACUGGAUGUGCCGCUGGUCGGCAAGUAUCUCAUGUUCACCAUGGUACUGGUGACUUUCUCCAUCGUCACCAGUGUCUGUGUCCUCAAUGUCCACCACCGAUCACCUACCACCCACACCAUGGCCCCUUGGGUCAAAGUUGUCUUCUUGGAGAAGCUACCUGCUGUCCUUUUCAUGAAGCAGCCACGCCAGAACUGUGCCCGGCAGCGGCUGAGGCAACGAAGGCGGCAAAGGGAGCAGGAAGGUGGUGGUGGGCUCUUCUUCCGAGAUGCCCCAGGGGCCAAUUCCUGUACUUGCUUUGUCAACCAGGCCUCUGUCAAGGAGUUUGGUGGAGUUUUUGGGGCUGAGUCGGCUGAGUCGGCCAAUGGCUUCCGGGGGCGAUCCGGUCCUGUUGGCCCAUGUGGCUGUGGGCUCAAGGAGGCUGUAGACGGUGUGCGCUUCAUUGCUGAUCACAUGAGGAGUGAGGACGAUGACCAAAGCGUGAGUGAGGACUGGAAGUAUGUUGCUAUGGUGAUUGACCGCCUGUUCCUCUGGAUCUUUGUCUUUGUCUGUAUCUUUGGCACCAUUGGCAUGUUCCUGCAGCCACUUUUCCAGAACUACGCCACCAACACCUUCCUCCACCUGGCCCACCCAGCUUCCAGCUCCAAGUGAGAUCAUUGCCCUUAUGGCCCCCAAACCUAAGCCACCUCAGUCCUUCCAUGACAGAGGGUCCGUAGUGGUGGUGGUGGGGGGGCGGGGUUGGCUGCAGACAGAGAAUACUGGGAUUGAGGAGCUUCCUUCCAGGGACUCAUUCUCUCUCUUUUGCCAAGCACUGCUUGCUCCUUUUCCUCCCGGGCUUAACCCCCAAGUUUCUUAUGGAACUUGGCUGGUUUGUGCCUCCCCUUCAGUCUCCCCAAGCUUUUUGUUUCUCAGGGGUCCUGGAAGCAGCUAGAAGUAGGAAAUGCCAGCUGAGAAAAAAGGGAGCAGAGAUGGCAGGAGAGGAAUGGACUGAAAUCAGAACUCCUGUUGGGAGUCUGAAAGACAAAGAAAUGAAAAGGCCUUGAGUCUAAUGAGGGGCCUCAUUCUCCUUGUCAAAAUAGUUUCCAGAUCAUGUGAAAAACAGGGUGAGGGUGGAUUUGAAGGGGAGAAAGAAGUGUAUAGAUAGAAGCAGGUUUUUCUGGUUCUUGGUUCUAGGUUCAAAUGGUAGGUAACUCCAGAGACUAGGCCAUGGGGACCAGAGUCUAUGCAAGCCCCUUUGCAGAGAAUAGAUUCUUGGCUUAUACUAACUGCUGCUGAACUUAGCUGCAAGGAUUACAAACUGGUAGGUGGGUCUAAGGGACCUGUGUGUGCCCUUGGCUUGAUAAACAGAGCCCAUGCUGGAGUGCAUUUUUGACCAUCCCCUCCCCCCUACUUUCCCCUUUGUAGAGAAGAAAGUUUUUGGCACCAUCCACUCUUUGCUUUUUGGGUCCUCUGAGUUUCUGGGAUCACAGAAACACUGGCCCCACUUUCUGGGUUGUCAAAGAUCCCAAAUUCACCACUUCAGCAUCCUCAUAUACCUUACUCUGCCUUGGGAUGGAAGGAAUAUGAGGGGAUGGCUUGGUGUCAGGGUGAGCUGAUCCUACCAAGGCAAUCUGGGUACAUUUCUAGAAUUCCAGGUUCCUAGAAGGAGUGUUAAGGGGCUAAGGUCACUGACAACUCCUUAACUGAAAAAGUAUAAAAAGUACAACUAUCAGGGGCAGCUAGGUGGCACAGUGGAUAAAGCAUGGGUCCCAGAUUCAGGAGGACCUGAGUUCAAAUCCAGUCUCAGACACUUGACACUUAGUAGCUGUAUGACCCUGGGCAAGUAACUUAACCCUUAUUGCCCUGCCUCCCCCCCCCCCAAAAAAAAGUACAACUAUCUCACAGUCAAUCUCUGACAAACUUUUUCUGGGAGGCUGAAUUGAGUCUUUUAACUGAAGUGACCAAAUUUCUUGGUUCUCUUCACCUCAUGUAGACCUAGUCUCAGCAGCUUGUUGAAGAUCUGAGAGAAGGGAACCAGGAGAGAGGUGAGCAGGACCUCUUCAUUUCAUCCUCUAGCUCUGCCUCUCUCACUCCCAAAUAAACGACCAUAUUUCCUGGUGUGACUUUAAGAAGGCGGAGUGGCUCUGCUUCGGAAGAGUUUGCUGAUUCCUACAGCUCUCUUCUCCAUCCCUUUGGUCUCAGCCUCCCACCUUGCAGUUGACCUGGUUUGCUGUCCGCAUCUGUUCCAGCCUGAUUACAGCUCAGAGGGUUGGGUGAAGGCCAGAAUAGCCCUAGUGGACCAUUGUUCUAGGUAACAGAAUGCUUCCCCUGCUCCAUUUUGGCCCCAUGCUGAUUUCAGUUUGCAUGCUUUAUCUAGGGCUCACUCUGCAGGCAAGCAGAGGGUUGGUAACAGUGUCAGUUUGUGUCCCCUAUAUGUGGUCAGACUUGGGCACUGGCCUCUUCUAUUUCCAGAGGGGCAAUUUUACUAUUCACUUCUUCAGAGGUGAAGAGAUGAGGCUGAGAUCAGAAUGGGCAGAGAUGAGGUCAAUUACCUUGCUGGCCCAGGAAACACCCUUUUUCUGGUACUAGCACCCCACCAUCACUCCAUACACAGACUUAACCCUCCCCCCCCCUAAGGAAAAAGGGCUCUGUGGGAGUACAAGGAGCUAAUGACAGGUUAACUUUUCUGUGAAUUAGUCCCAGAAAAUUUCCACUAGACUACGCUAGUCCACUUUUGUAAGCUUUUUACUAGUCUGUUCGGAGGAUGCAGGCAGAGUUAAAAAAAAUCCCAAUCCCCCAAUUUCCAUUCCCAAUAGAAAUGAUCACUGUAGCAGCCGGGUCACAGGGAGAUUACAGUAGCUUGGCCGACAAGAGUCAAACUCACAGCCUUGUCAAGACGGUCUCUGUCGUUUUCUUCCCUCCCCCAGGGUGCUGGAAAGGCCUCCGCGUGUUGUCCAAUGAGUUCUUGCGUUGGACCGCUCCCCUCCCCUCCCCUCCCCUCCCCUCCCCUCC